UCUAGGAAAAAAGGCAUUGCACAGGCUUGGAUGUGAAGUGAUGGAAAUUAUUUCCGUGAAUUAGUUACCCAGAUUAAAAUGUCACAAACCAAAUAGAAUAACCAGUAAAAUGUUAAAAAGGGCAUUUUGUACCCUGUCUAUUUCAAAAAACAGUUUUGCGAAAGGAAGCUUUGGAUACGACUUUAGUAUAAUCCACUUCAAGAGCUUAUCAACUACAACUAGAUGUUUCCAAGAAUUUACCCAAAGUAGUGUGGAUACUUUAGAUAUUGAUGGAUCAAAACAUUUACCAAAACAAAGAUCAUUACCAAUUAUUACAUCACGAAAAUUAGACUUUGUGAGUCAGUAUUCACAACCAAAACAAGCUUGGCUAGAAUCACUUGAAACUGUUGAGGAAAAUAACAUCGGCUUAAUAGAUCUUCACCCAGAUGUCUUUGGAGCUUUCCCAAGGAUAGAUUUAAUUCACCAAAAUAUUCAAUGGCAAAGGUUGUAUAAGAAAAUAUCUUAUGAAACCCUUCAAACCCGUGCAGAAAAAAGGGGUGGUGGUAGAAAGCCAUGGCCUCAGAAAGGCAUGGGUAGAGCAAGACAUGGUAGUAUAAGAUCACCAUUAUGGAAAGGAGGUGGAAAAGCAUUUGGACCAAGAGGACCACAGAGUUAUUUUUAUAUGUUAUCGAAUAAUCUACGUGUAGGUGGAUUGUGUUCUACUUUAUCAAUAAAAUUCGCUCAGAAUAAUCUCCAUAUUGUAGAUUCACUAGAAAUUCCUACAGAUGAUCCAGAGUACAUGGAAGAUUUAAUUGAUACAAGAUUUUGGGGAUUUUCUGUAUUAUUUGUAGAUGAUACUGAUAUUAUGCCUCGAAAUAUUUCCUUAGCUGUACAAGAUUUACCUAGUUUUAAUCUUAUGCCGACAUAUGGUUUAAAUGUGUACAGUAUGUUAAAGCAUGAAACAUUAGUGUUGACAUUAGCAGCUGUAGAAAAAUUAGAAGAAAAACUUUUAUAUCAAUUACAUAGAACAGAGAGACAAGCAAAGUUUCGUUUACAUCAGUAAGAUAAUAUAAUUGAAACAUGGACAUAAUGAGUGUAGAAAUAGCUUUCAGCACCUGCAUAAGAGGAGAUGUGUAAUUAAGAUUUAUGCGGUAUCACAUGUAAUUAGAUUUGUGCGAUAUCGGUUGUGUACAUCAUAAAUUUGAUUAAAAUCAUUUUUUAUUAAA